UUAUUAUUAUUAUUAUUAUUAUUAUUUAUUAUGUUUCGUGCUGUUAGGUGAUAUCGACAGCCCACGCUGUCAGUUUUCAUACUAGCCAUGUAAAAACUCCCAUGCAAAAGGAAGUAGAAUAGAUAUACCAGAAUUGUGCUUUAUUCAUGUGUAAGAGAUUAAGCAUUAGUCAUGUUUCUUUUAUAAAUAGUUAACAAUAAACUGCGGGUAAAAGGUUAAACCAGCACACUACCCGAUCAGUCAGGAUUAAAUCAGUUCAUCUCAAUAUCAUAAACUCAUUCGUCUCUUUGUAAUCCUAAUUUCUGGACAAAUUGCACUCGUGUCAAAUCGUUCAAUAACAAAGACGUUAUGACCUAAAUUCGAUUGAUUGGCAAUGGUUCGAUGCGCUUAGUCGAUUAUUAUUACGUUGACACACUCUAGGUCGGUAGCUUUCCACAAUAUCGGUGUGAUAAUGUAACAGUUCUGUAUUAUGUAUUAAGUAUUAAUAGUUAAUCACUGGAGAUUUGUUUUGUGUCACUUGUGGUUUCAUUUAGAAGAUUAAUGUGUCCCUUGAAUGAAAUGUAUUCCAUGCAUCACUUCUUCCAACACAACUGCAGAAGAGCCAUAAAGCACUGUGAGAUUCUGUGGCCUUCAAUUUAAGAUACUGAGCAGAAUCAAGUCUUUGAAAGCAAUGGGCCACCUUUGCUCGCUCGUGGUUCCUGAUCGACGCCAGAUUGCAGCCUCCUGGGAAAAUAGCCACCAUGUGCGCUGUCAGGCUCCAAGGGAAGCACAAACCUAUUUACCAUGCACUCAGCGACUGCGGUGAUCAUGUCGUGGUAAUAAACAGCAAACACAUUGCCUUCUCUGGAAACAAAUGGGAGCAGAAAGUCUACUCGUCACACACAGGCUAUCCUGGGGGCUUCACACAAGUCACCGCUGCACAGCUCCAUCAGAAAGACCCCAAAGCUAUCGUGAAGUUAGCGGUGUACGGCAUGCUGCCUAAGAACCUGCACAGGCGUACCAUGAUGCAGCGCUUGCACAUCUUUCCCGAAGACGAACUGCCCGAAGACGUCCGAGCCAACCUGACGGAGGAGCUGCCUCAGCCCAGGGAAAUUCCCAGGAAGCUCAGCGAGUACACGCAGGAGGAGAUCGACGCCUUCCCCAGGCUCUGGACGCCACCUCAAGACUUCAAGCUGCGUUUCUCAUUGGCAUUUGUUGACGAGGUUGCAGACAUUCUUGAUCUCACAAAAAAAAAACGACAACUCGAGAUGAGUGAAAACUACUAAUGUGGUAACUAUUUGUAAUUUUGUUAUGUCAAUUUCAGUUGGGAGACAUUUUGCAUUUAUUUUAAAAUAGCCGAAUGAAAAAAAAUGACUGCCCGUUUUUUUUUUUUUUUUUAAACACAGUAUGAACAUUGUCUGUGUAACAUUCAUGAACAAAAGAAGUAACAGUUGUCUCAUUACAGAUUUAUUAGUUAUAAAAGCAAACAACAUAAAUACGUUCAUGCGAUGAGACACAUUUCGUGUUCUGUUAAAAAACGACAACAGAAAAAGACCGGGGUCGGCUCACUGCUCGUUUUUUUUCUCUUUUUUUUUUUUUUUUGUGCUUGUGGAUCCUGUCAGGGAGUCCAGGCCAGACUCAACAUUGGAACAAUAAAAUAAGUAAACAGCAACAGUAUGUUGCCACAGCAACCUCGACCACACUUGAAGUCUUGUGUUGACACAUUAUUUACUGCAGUAAAGGUGUGUUCUAUCAUUGUGUCGUCGUUCGAUGCGCAUUCGAGGCGAAUCAACGAAUACAUGACGUACUGAAAAAGAUUUUGUUCUGGUUUUUGUUUACUAAACCGUGGACUUGUUUAGUGACUCUUUGGAGACAGUUGGAUUUAUGAAUAUCAACUGAUUUUGUGCAGAUUUGUAAGUUGAAUUUGUGUCUGAGUGAUUAUGUCAGCUUUUGAGGGCAUGUUGGCAACAUGAUUACGGCUCUGGAAAGCCGCUCUCAAGACGUUCAAUUCGAGAUAUGACUCGAUGUGGUUUGUUGCAACUU